AUGCAUUAUGGAUGAAAGUGAUUGCUGCGGCAAUGGAUGUAUGAGCUGCAUAUUAAAUGUGGGACUACGUAAAUCUGAUGCUGUCGAUCUAGUGGGAAAAUAUAAUGUUAUAUCAAUUUAUCAAAAAUUCCGUCUACUUGAAAGGCGAUCGCAUAACCCAAAGGCGUUUAACUCAACACAUAGUAAUGAGGACCUGCCCAAAGUAUUGGAGCUUCACUUUAAAGCUGCUGACCUGCCAAUCGAUUCGGGUGAUUACAUUUUGGACAUACCAGUUGGAUAUCAUAUAAUGAUGCGCACCAAAUUACCGAACGAUGUUGUUUGGCUUCGACCCUACUCACCCUUUUGGGUUGACGCUUUGGCAUUGGAGUUUAAAAUACUUGUUAACCUUUCACCAAAUGGUUAUAUGUCGCGAUACAUUAGUGGGUUGCAGCCCGGCGACUUGGUGGAAUUCCGUGGACCAAUCGGUGCAUACGAACGGACAACAAGAAAUUGUGAAGAUAGUUGCGUUUUUGUUAUUACACAAGGAGUAGCUAUUGCUCCAACGCUCCGGAUUGUUAAGAGAAUUCUCGAUAACGAGGAGGAUUUUAGCAGAGUUAUACAGCUCGCGUGCUACAGAGACUUGAAACAUUCUUAUUUCCGUGAUAAAUUAAAAGAAUUUAACAAAUAUUGGAAUUAUUCAAGUAGAAUAUAUCUCGCACAUCAGCGGUGUUCAAAGGAAAUGUGCGAGGAUUCGAAAUGCACAGGUAAAUGUGAUUGGUUUCAAAGCAAAUUGUGGUAUAAAGAAUUAGUGUAUUCGCAACGUUUAAACCUAUCAGAAUUAGAAAAUAUUUGUAAUGUUAUUAAAAAAGAUACAAAAUUAGAAUUUGUAAUUGCGGGAAGCAAAAAGUUUCAAGAAGCUGUUAACGAAAUGAUACACAAAUCCACUAUAGAAGCACUAGAGGAAAAUAUUUUUAUGUUAUAAAGCGAAAAGGAAUGUGAUUCAAUACAUCGCUCAUUUACUAAAAGACUGUUACAACUCACGAAGUGAAAAAUUUGGUGUGGUAAUACAUGCUAAAAUCCUGUGUGGUACCCGGGUGAAGCGAUUUUGCAUCUGAAUGCCGUUUUAGUUGUGACAGUCUUUUACUAAAUAAGCAAUAGGUACAUAUUCCUUUUAGACAAAAAUGUUAUACUAAAAUGAAGUUCUAUAUGUAUUUGUAUCAUCUGCGAUCA